AUGCAAAGGGAAGUUGUCGGUAUUAGAGAUGAACUGGAGAGCAUUAAGUGUUUCCUCAAGGACGUAGAGGCAAGCGAAGGGAAAGGAGACCUCCAUGAUGGUCUAAAAACAUGGGUGAAACAAGUUAGGGAGGCAGCGUUUCAUAUAGAAGAUGUUAUAGAUGAGUACAUUCUUCAUGUUGCACAAUAUCGUCAUCAGCAUAGUUUCGUUGCUUUCCUCAACAAAAUUGGUCGCAUUCUGACAAAACUAAAACCAUGUCAUGGGAUAGCCACCAAGAUUCGACAUAUCAAAAUAUCAAUCCGUGAGAUCAGGGAACGAAGUGAAAGAUAUGGCUUUACUUCCACACAGCAAGGAUCAGGUUGUGGCGCAACAAAUGCUGUGACAUGGCAUGACUAUAGAGUGGGUUCCCUUUUCACCGAGGAAGGUGAAGUUGUGGGUAUUGAAUCCACAAGGAAUGAACUGGUAAGCUGGUUGAUAAGAGGGGAAGCUAGGCGCUUGGUGAUCUCCAUGGUAGGAAUGGGGGGGAUUGGUAAGACAACUCUUGCCAAGAAAUUAUAUGAGACUGAGUCAGUCGAGGGACACUUUGACUGCCGUGUUUGGAUCACUGUGUCUCAGUCAUACAACUUGCAGAAGAUACUCAAGGCCAUGGCAAAGCAAAUCUAUCAGGAAAAAGAAACGACAGUUCUGAUGGAAUUAAACAUAAUGGAUGAGAUCACACUAAUUAGUCAGCUGAGGCAUUAUUUACUGCAAAAGAGUUAUGUUGUGGUUUUUGAUGAUGUCUGGAAGACCGAGUUUUGGGAAGUUGUGAAACAUGCCUUACCAUGCAAUAACGGAGGCAGCAGGAUAAUCAUCACAACCCGUAGCCAUCAUGUUGGUGUUUCUUGUAAAGAAUCUCCAUCUGAUCUAAUUCACAAUCUACAACCUCUGUCUCAGAAAAAGGCUUGGGAAUUGUUUUGCAGAAAGGCAUUCCAGUUGGAGUUUCAGGGAAAGUGUCCAAGAGAGUUGGUGAGAUUGUCGCAUGAAAUUGUCCGGAAAUGUGAAGGCUUGCCUCUUGCAAUUGUGGCCAUAGGUGGUCUUCUUUCUACAAAGGAGAAGGUUCCAUUAGAAUGGAGAAAGUUGCAUGAUAGCCUCAGUUCUGAGCUAGAAAGUAAUCCCCACCUUACAAGUGUUGCAAAGAUUCUGUGUCUCAGUUAUCAUGAUCUGCCUUGCUACCUCAAGUCUUGCUUCUUAUACUUCAGCGUCUUUCCAGAGGACUAUUCAAUUACUGAUUCAAGAUUAUUUCGGCUGUGGAUAGUUGAGGGCUUUAUAGAAGGAAAAAAAGGAAAACAGUUGGAGCAGGUGGCAGAGGAAUGCUUGAUGGAGCUUAUCCACAGAAACUUGGUUCAAGUGUCAUUCAGAGAUCUCGAUUAUGAGGUACGUAGAAAGUAUAGAAUCCAUGACCUGUUACAUGAAAUCAUCCUAUCAAAGGCUGGAGAGCUGAAUUUCUGUCAAGUUUUGGAGGCAGAUGACUCGAGCUUCAAUGGAAAAGGUCGACGCCUAUCAAUCCAUGAUGCUAGACAAAAUGUUGUAGAUACCAUUGAACCCUUUCAGGUACGUUCUCUUUUUCUCUUCAACCUGAAUGAAAUGCCCAGGUCUUUCAUGGUUAAAUUGUUCAAGAAGUUCAAGCUUUUAAAAGUGUUGGAUUUUGAAGAUGCUCCUAUCGAUUAUAUUCCUAAAGAAGUGGGUAAUUUAUUCCACUUAAAUCACUUAAGUUUGAGGAAUACGAAGGUGAAGAUACUUCCAAAGUCUGUUGGUAGGCUACAGAACCUACAGACAUUAAAUGUCAUGGAAACCCCUAUCGGGAAGGGGGGUUCUGAUGAAGGUUCAGUUCUGGGCGGCAGAGGGAAGUAA